ACGUUUCCUUAUCAAACCGCGUGGUUCUUUUUUUUUCUUCUCUCUCAUUGCAUCUGGAACAAGCGAGAAGCUCUCUAACAAAGCGGGUCCCUUCCACCUUUUUUUCUCGUCUUCUUCGUCAAAUUAUCUUCUCUCCGAUCAAAAAGUCGCUAGAGUGAUCAGGUUACACAGCAAGGGAAGAAUUGAGGUUUGAGAAGCACAACAACAGAACAAGAAGGGAUCAAAUUGAAACUUGCAGCCAUGGCGCUUAACCCUCAGUUGAUGCCCAAUGGGAUGCCUGUUCCCUUUGUUAACGAAAUGUUUGUUCUUGUCCGAGAUGGGGUUGAGUUUGAAGUCGACAAGAUUCCUGGAGGACAUGGAGGUCAUGUUAAGGCCAAGGGAGUGAUAUACUUGUCUAACAUUCGGAUGGUCUUUGUUGCAAGCAAGCCUGUUGAGAACUUUGUUGCUUUUGACAUGCCUAUGCUUUACAUCCACGCGGAGAAAUUCAACCAGCCAAUAUUCCACUGCAACAAUAUAUCUGGACAAGUCGAGCCUGUGGUACCUGAGAACGAGCACAGAGCACUGUAUUCAACACACAGUUUCAAGAUCCUAUUUAAGGAAGGUGGUUGCGGGACGUUUGUUCCUCUUUUCUUGAAUCUCAUAUCAUCAGUAAGGCAGUACAACAGACAAAUGCAACAAGCGGCGACGGCAGCACCACGUGUUGAUCCUCUUCAAGCUGCACAGACCCCUGUUGAUGAAAUGAUGAGACAUGCGUACGUGGACCCUAACGAUCCAACGAAGAUAUACCUGCAGCAGCCAUCUGGGGAGUCUCAGUUGAGGCGUCGAGCUUACCAUUCGAGUGCGGCGGAGCACUGAUGACAUAAACACCGAAGAUACAAGAGGGUGAUGGGGAUAUGCAUGCUGCAACAGAUGUGUGUUGCAAAUAAGUAAAAGCGUCGUUGGUUUGUUGGAUAUGUAUAUGUGAAAAAUUGGGUUCUCUCAUGCAUGAUUAAAAGUUUUUAAGUGA